AUGCGACUGAGCAGUGAGCAGUUACUGAGCACAUCACCGGAGGGCACGACAUCCAUGGAGGCUCUGGCGGACUUAGAGAAAGUACAAACCCGAAUCCUCGGCCGCAUAUCCGAUCUCGAGCACUCUAUCACCACCAAGCCCUCUCACAAUCCCUCUUCCGCCGCCGAUGACGGCGGCCUAACCACCACUGAAGGACGACUCUCCGCAAUCCUCGCCGCCAACGCCGUUCAAGGUUUCUCCUUCAAGCGCGUGCCCUCCGAUUACUACGACUGGACUUUAGAAGCCAGGCGGGACGUCCUUGGCGCCGCCUCCAUUCACCAUCUCUGCAAAAGCAUUGUUUUGGUCAAUACUCAGGCUCCGCCCGAUGUAACUGAUUGCAGCAAUAGAAACUAUUCCAAGUACUAUGUUGUUGUCGUUCAGUAUACUGCUCGCUUCAAUGCUGAGACUGUCAAGAACUUUUUGUAUACACUCAAUGAUGGCAAGAUAUCAAAAAAGAAAUUCAACAUGAGGCUUGCUCCAGAAGAAGCAUCUGCCAACUUGACUGGUUAUGAACACAAUGGAGUAACAUGUAUUGGCAUGAAAACUGAUAUACCGGUGAUUUUGGAUGAAGCAAUUGUGAAGCUCACUCCGGAUUUCUUCUGGUUGGGCGGUGGCGAGAUUGAUCUCAAAUUGGGGAUCAGGACUUCGGAAUUCAUCGAUUAUGUAAAACCGUUCAUUAUUAACUGUAGUGGUAGUUGA